AUGAGCAAAGGCGAAUUAAUCCUCCCUGAAGAUUUCCCUAAACUCCUGAAUGACACGUUCCUCAAAGCAGCUCGAGGCGAACAAACCGAGCAUGUCCCCGUUUGGUGUAUGAGACAGGCUGGAAGAUACUUACCUGAGUUUCGUGAGUUCAGGGCAGGGAAGGACUUUUUUGAAACAUGUCGCUCGCCCGACGCCUGCUGCGAGCUCACGUUGCAGCCUCUAAGGCGUUUUCCAUUUGAUGCGGCCAUCAUCUUUUCUGACAUCCUUGUUGUUCCACAGGCAAUGGGUAUGGACGUCCAGAUGGUACCAGGCAAAGGUCCUACAUUCCCUGAGCCCCUCAAGGAGCCAGAAGACCUGCAACGCCUGCGAGUGAAAGUGGACGUGGCCAAAGAACUGGGUUACGUUUUCAAAGCCAUCACAUUGACCAGACACAAAAUUGAGGGCAAAGUUCCACUGAUAGGAUUCACUGGCGCGCCGUGGACGCUGAUGUCUUAUAUGAUAGAAGGGGGUGGAUCCAACACCCACUCGAAGGCCAAGCGUUGGCUCUAUCGACAUCCAGAGGCCAGCCACAUGCUGCUGAAGAUGCUCACGGAUGUGAUAGUCGAGUACCUGUUGGGCCAGGUGGCAGCUGGAGCUCAGGCUCUGCAGGUGUUCGAGUCCCACGCCGGCAUCUUAGGUCCAGUGGAGUUUGAAGCGUUCUCGUUACCUUACCUGAACGACAUUGCUCGACGCGUCAAAGAGAAACUCAAGGAAGCACGGCAGGAAGUUCCAAUGAUCGUUUUUGCAAAGGAUGCUCAUUACGCUCUUGAAGCUCUGUCUCAGUCUCAUUACAGUGUGGUUGGGCUUGACUGGACCAUUGACCCACGCUCAGCACGGGAGCGAACAGGAGGAAAGGUUAGCCUUCAGGGAAACAUGGACCCAUGUGCACUUUAUGCUCCCAAGGAGUGUAUUUCAAACAUUGUGAAGAACAUGCUGGAAGGCUUCGGCACAAGAGGCUAUAUUGCCAAUCUGGGCCACGGUCUUUAUCCCGAUAUGGACCCAGAGAACGUGGGUGCCUUUGUGGAGGCUGUGCACCAACACUCAAAACAGAUGGUCAAGCAAAUGUAG